GAGAGAGAGAGAGAGAGAGAGAGAGUUUCGCGCGCUGAGACACUCUGGAGCCGAAAUGAGCACAUAACCAGCUUUGCGCGCACCGAGUUAUUUGGGAAGUGCGCACAGAGAGUGUGUUUGUGUGUUUGUGUGUGUGGGAGCUUGUGUGACGCCGUCGUGUUUCAUGCAGUGUUUGUGGGACCUGGGAAACCUUAUGGAUCUAAAGGAAGGGAUGAACCGCUCUGGUGUGAACGAGCCCAGCGCGGGAUGGUGUGAGAACGGGACGCAGGACGCGGCGGCACCGGGGAACCUGGAACUCGACAUCGGCGUGGACAACGUGGUCGCGCUGCUCGCGUUCGCGCUCAUCUUCGCGUUGGGGGUUUUGGGCAACUCGGUGGUGAUUGCGGUGCUCGCGCGCAGACGUCCCGGAGCUCCGCGCGGCACCACCAACAUCUUUAUCCUGAAUCUGAGCGUGGCUGACCUGUCCUACCUGCUCUUCUGCGUGCCCUUCCAGGCCACCGUGUACGUGCUGCCCACCUGGGUGCUGGGCGCGUUCCUUUGCAAGUUUACGCACUACUUCUUCACCGUCUCCAUGCUCGUGAGCAUCUUCACGCUCUCUGCCAUGUCCGUGGACCGCUACGUUGCCAUCGUCCACUCGCGCAGGUGCUCCGGGGUGCGCGUGGCGCGGCACGCCGUGCGCGCCAUCGCUGUGAUUUGGGCGCUUUCGCUGGCCAUGGCGGCACCCGUGGCGCACCACCAGAACAUCAUCAGGCGCGAGGAGAACGCCACGUACUGCUGGGAACUGUGGCCGAGCGCGCGGGACCGGAAGAUCUACGUGGUGUGCACGUUCGUUUUCGGCUACCUUCUGCCGCUGCUGCUCAUCUGCUUCUGCUACGCCAGCGUUUUAAACCACUUACAUAAAAAGCUGAAGAAUAUGUCAAAAAAAUCAGAGGCAUCUAAAAAGAAGACAGCACAGACAGUGUUGGUGGUCGUGGUGGUGUUUUGCCUCUCCUGGCUCCCUCAUCACAUCGUUCAUCUGUGGGUGGAGUUCGGCUCUUUUCCCUUGAACCAAGCGUCUUUUAUGUUCCGUGUUAUCGCGCACUGCCUGGCCUACAGCAACUCUUCUGUCAACCCCAUCAUCUAUGCGUUCCUCUCAGAGAAUUUCCGCAAGGCGUACAAGCAAGUGUUCAAGUGUCAAAGCAAUGGUGGGUCGCCGUCCAACGAUGUUAAGGGAGUACGCAGCAAAGCCGAGACGCCACCGAUCACCAACUGCACCAGUCUUUAAGAGGGACACAAUGUGUUUAAAAAAAAAUUAUUUUGGAAUAUGAUAAAGUCUAAUAAAGUGAAGAAAGACUUAAACUUCUAUAUGUAUAUAAAGCCUUCCUGAUGCAGUGUAUACAGUGUACUAUAUUUGUCCUAUUUUUCCUGCCUGUCCUCAUGUGUUGUGAUUAUCCCCAGCUUGGUUUCUAUGCCAAUCUUGUAAAAACAACCAUUUAGAGCAUGAGAGAUGAUUCUGGGUGGAUGAAUAAGAACCAGAAGAUGGUCAGUGAGCCUUGUGAAAGGCACAUUUGGGUUUUUUUGGACUGAAAAUAGAGAAAAUGGGAACAUUGAUGCUUAAAUGAAGCUCUGAAUCCUUGAUUUGUAUUGGAGUUACCUUUUGGUUUGAGGACAUUUAGAGCAAUUGUGUGCUUUUGAAAGCCUUGUCAUAAACCUUAGACAUUUGCAGCUCCUGCACUGUGCUUCUCUUCAUAGAAACAGUCAAUGUGUCCAGUCUUUCAAUCAAAAAUGCACUACCAUGUCAGAACCACUGAGAGAAAGAAUGGACGGACAAUUUUGUUUUAUCUCUACUUAUUUAUCUCCUUGCCAAGGUUGAUGUAAGUGUGUAUUGAAAAUGCCAAGAAGCAUAAAUUGGUCAUGUUCUGAAAUGUUCAUAUUAGGUUGUAUCUCUUUUCAUGUGUAAAAUCUUUCCAGCUUCUAUAUGAAUUUGACCACAAUAUGACACUAUAAAGUGAGUAUAGCUUAUUUUGGGUAAUUAUACAUAGGUAUGUCCUUUAGCAGUCUCAAGGUUGUCAUUUCUUGCUAUGUCUCAUUUGGUUUAUAUACCACUUAUCCUACACAGGGUCAUGGAGGAAUCUAGAGUUUAUCUUAGGCUGAAUCAAGUGCCAAAUUAGCCUACAAUGCAUGUCUUUGGACUUGAGGGGGAAGGAGAGAUUCCGUGUGGUGAGGAGCCCACACGGAGAACAUGCAAAAUGUGCACAUAUAUCCAUUUACAUUCAGAAGAAAGUUAGCAAAAAACAAAAACUAGCCUACACAAUGCAAGAGCUAAUCAAGACGAAGCACCAGCCUGGCUUUUAUCAACAGUUAACUACUUUGCACUGGUUAGCCUUAAAAAUGAAUGCUAACUAGUGCAACCAUCAAUCAUGGACUACAUUUGACAUUACAUGGAUAUUAAAUUACUGAACCCUAACAUCAUCCUUCUUUCUAAUUUGUUUUCAUGUGGAGAUUUGUUUUCCAAAAUCUUUUUUUCUAUUCAGAAUUUCAAUUUAUGUGCAGCAUGUUUCAGCGCAUAUGUGCUGUAAAUCUCGACUUUUGUGCAAUGAACCCUGUGCAUGUUUCAUGUGUGUAUAUGUUGAAUUGUAACUUUAUUUAUGACCUUAUGACACUGUUGUAUAUUAUGAAGAGGAAAUGUGUGCCUCUUUUCAUGGAGUACCUCGUGUGAAACUUUGUGUUUAAGUCACUCGUCGACUGUAACGAUACAUAGGUUGCUUAUUUUCUGGACAACUCAAUGAAGUGUGUGUUCAAAUGAGGCACACACAUUAC